UAUUCAACAGCCUGGCUCGCACAUGGAAUUUUUUCACUUCCUAUUCUCAGUGAAGACAUAACGGCUGUAGUCAGCACAGAGGAAGUGCUACAACAUUUUGUCUGAUUGCAGUCUCAGAUCAGCUGAAUUGAAGCUCAAACUGGAAACAUGGAUAUCUGAACUGAGAGCAGAUCCCGAACCUGCUUGAAGGAAGGCAUCAGAGGGAGCAUGUACAGCUUUAGGCUGGUCUACAUUUUCUCCUAUAACUUGUUCCAAUUCUGUGGUCACACAUGGAUCCUGGCUAACACCAUCGCAAGAUUUUUUACCUUUGGUCAAGAUGCUCUGGCAGACACAUUCUACUCCGUGGGCUUUGUGAUGAGCCUGUGCCAGCUGCUCUCCAUCCUGGAGAUCUUCCACAUCGCAGAUGGCAUCGAGAAGGCUCGGCUCCUUCCUCGCUUCAUCCAAGUGAUUGAGAAAAACAUUCUGCUGAUUGUGGUCAUCAUGUUGGAAGAGAUCCAAAGUAAGCCAGUGGUGUGUGUGCAGUUUUUCCUGUGGAAUAUACUGGCCCUCUUACGGUACCCCUAUGAACUUCUGUGUGUUGUGAAAAGACCUUCCGUUGCCAUGUUGUGGAGCCGUUACUCUCUUUGGAUCCCCCUAUACAUCCUGUCAGUUGUCAUUGAAGGUUUCAUUAUUUAUGAGGCACUGCCAUACCUGAAGCCAUCAGCCCCCCACUUUCCCUGCCUGCUGCUGGUCUAUCUGCCGCUUCUCGCUAUGGGAGGCUCGGUAACAGUCUGGCAGCUGCUGAAGGAGAGGAAACACCAUCUGGAGAAACUCUACAAGAGGAAGAAGAAGAAAUGACUGGAUUCUUCGGGGACAAUGGGAUGACUCUGUUUUCAAACCUGCAAUCCAUUUCAAAUGAACAUUUCAGAUUGCACAAAAGGAAAAAAAGAAAUGGCAGAUUUUUGCAGCAGUUUAAUGAAGACAUGUUUUUGACUGAACAAAGAACAACAGCAGCAGUUUCCACUCAAGUUUAUCUCACCAAGUAGGGCAGAUGAUAUGUACAAAUGUUACCAUGGUAACACCCCGCCUUGGAUUCUGUGAGCUACCAUCCGUAAGCUCUGGUCCACACGGCUUUCUUCUUGAACUCGGUGGACGACUUCAGACCCAGGAGAGCGUCUGGAACCAGAUCAGAAUAUGGAUGGUCAGAUGGAUACCAGAAUGAAUAAACCAUUCCAAACUCA